GCAUGACCGCGGGUUACUGCAUCAGGCAUAGUUCUGACUAGUUAUCGAAAUUGGAUUAGUAAAUUCCAAAGCCAUGACUAGAUAUAAAGCCAGACGGCCCCCAACUUGUAGCCGAAUUUCUGACUGCUUCUCAAUCUCCCAUAACCAACGAUCUUGCCCACUGCCGUAUAGUUCAGUCUCGUUAGUUAUAUUUCACGUUAAUUAAGCGAAGGAUAUAAAAAACAUGUCGGGGCCUAUGUCCGAUGCGCACGGCUCUGCGGUAUCCGCAGAGCCUGAGCGCCAGUCACGCGUCGGAUCCAGACAAGCAAUCGAAAGUACCUCGUGAACAAGACUUUGCUGCUUCAGACGUUUCGGACGACGAUCCUGUUGCCACCGAAGACGAAGUUCGACAGCUUCUCCAUGUAGUGGAUAGGAUCCCCGUCCGACUCUGGGUGGCAUGUCUAGCAGGUAUCCUAGAGCGCUUUGUAUGGUACGGGGCGACUGCCCCUUUGCAAAACUACCUACAGAAUGCUCCCGGCGGCGAGGUCCCGGGGGCUCUAGGUCUCGGACAGGCGACAGCAUCUAAUAUUGUCAAUGUGUUGAUCAUCGCGUCUUAUAUUACUCCUGUCCCCGCCGCCAUCAUUGCCGAUAGCUGGCUGGGCCGCUACAAAACGAUGCUAUACUCAGCCAUUAUCGAGGCCAUCGGAGCGACCAUUCUGUGCGCGACGUCAUUUCCAGCUGUCAUAGAGAGGGGGGCUGGGCUUGGGGGGUUGGUUGCUGCAUGUGCUCUCAUGGCUAUUGGUUCGGGGGCUUUCAAAACCACGGUAGUCCCUUUUAUCGCGGACCAAUAUGAUGAAAGCGAGCUCCAUGUCCGAACCCAGAAGGACGGGAAGAAGGUCGUCACCAGCCGGACUCUAACCAUCACAUAUAUCUACAAUGUCUUCUACUGGGGCGUAAACAUGAUCAGCUUUCUCGCCGAUUGCACCCCCCUCCUAGAAAGACACGUGGGCUUCUGGCUCGCCUACCUAAUCCCAUGCUGCGCGAUGUGGCUAGCACUGCUCCCAAUCCUCCUCGGACGAUCAUACUUCAUCCAAACAUCCCCAACAAGCAACAUCAUGCCCCAAGUAGCCGCCGCCCUCCGCCACGGAAUAGCAGGAGGCUUCCAAAUGGACGCAGCCAAACCCUCAAACCAACUAAACCACGGCCGACAAGUCCCUUGGACAGACACCUUCAUCGACGAAAUUAAGCGCAGCCUCCUCACCUGCCGAGUCCUCCUCCUCUUCCCAAUCCACUGGCUCUGCUACAACCAAACCUUCAACAACCUAAUCUCCCAGGCCGCCCAAAUGACCACCUAUAACAUCCCAAACGACAUGAUCAAAAUCUCCGGCCCAAUAGCCGGCAUCCUCGUUGCCCCCCUCAUCCAAAAAGCCCUCUACCCCUACCUAACCCGCCACGCCAUCCCCUUCGGUCCCAUCGCCCGCAUAACAACCGGCUUCGCCAUCCUAACCCUCUCAAUGGCCUACACGGCCGUGGUCCAGAAGCUCAUCUAUAGUUCCGGGCCAUGCUACGACAGACCGCUGGCGUGUGAGCAUGCUAUCCCGAACCACAUCUCCGUGUUCUUGCAGAUCCCAGUUUAUGUUGCGGGGGCGUUGGCGGAGGUUUUUUGUAUGACGACGGGGACCGAGUACGCGUAUACGAGGGCGCCAGAUGGCAUGAAGACGCUUGUGCAGGCUGUUUGGCUGGGUAUGGCAGGUGUGGGGACGGCUUUGGCGUUGGCGUUUACGCCGCUUACUAGGGAUCCGGAGUUAGUGGUUAUGUAUGGUAUUUUGGCCGGGUUGAUGGGUGGGGCGACUGGGUUGUUUUGGGUGGUUUUUAGGCGGUUGGAUCGGGAUGAGUGAGGGUUGAUUGGGGGAAUGUUUCGUUAGGAGGGGAUUUGGGGGACGACUCGUGGGUGAAGGGGCUAUAGAAGGGAUGUUGAAAGGGGCAGAGUGUGUGAGUGUGUAUGCCGGUUUUGAACUUAUCUUGGGUUACAAGAUUUAUAGCAGAAGAGGGUGGGGGUUGAGCAAAGGAUAGCCUAUUGGCUAGGUCAAGUUCUGAAGGGAGGGUACAUACAAGUAGUAUGUCAGGAGCGCGAAGUUCUACACGUUAUUGAAGAUCAUGAGACGUUAGGAGAGGUUUAGAACGAACAGGUUUGAUAAUGUCUAGAAACGUUCAAACAUAAUGAUU